AUGAACAAAUUCAUCCUUGUCGCUAUCGCUUCGUUGGCCUGCGUCGCUCAUGCCGCCCAUCCUCAAAGCGCCCCUGCAGAAACUCUCAAACACGACAGCCAAUUAAACGCAGAUGGCAGCUAUAAACUUGACUUUGCCACAUCGAAUGGCAUCAGCGCUCAAGAGGAAGGCCAUGGUGGUCAUCAUGCCAGCGGUGGUUACUCAUACUACUCUCCAGAAGGUGAACUAAUCCAACUGUCGUAUUUGGCCGAUGAAAACGGAUUCCAACCGCAGGGUAAUCACUUGCCAACUCCACCACCAAUUCCACCACAAAUCCUCAAGUCAUUAGAGUACAUUCGUGCUCAUCCAUACGAUGAGAAUGCCGCCCGUCAACAACAGCCACAACGCCUACAACAAAAACCAGCAUUCCAUCAUGUAGCAGCGCCCAGCCAUCAAGUGAAUAGCUUCCGUCGUCCUGCGCAACGUAGACACUUUUAA